UAAACUCGCAACAUAUAUUAUUGGAGGCUUACGCGAAACACCUGUUUCAGGAACCCCUAUGUAUUACGUUAAACUUUAUUCUGAUUGUUGGAAUGGUAAACCAGACAAACGUCCUUCCAUGGAGGAAGUUUUUCUGCAAUUGGAGUCGAAAUCUUCAGAAUUAGAUCCCAAAUACAAUGAUACCGGUCAAUAUUUUAAAGAGAAUAUUAAUAAUUCUGAAUCUAGAAGCGAUGAUAUUG